AUGUAUGUAGCUCGAGAGCUGCAGCAUCACUGCAGCAGUGCUGCUGCAUACAGCGGCAUUAUAACUUUUUCUAGCUUUUCUCUCUGUCUACAGCAUAUGGGUAUUGAUUAUAAUAGCCCUGAAGCAGAUUUAAUCCUUCGUUGCUGCAGCAUUAUGCAAGAGGGUUUGCUGCUCUUUAAAGAGCUGCUGCUGCUUACAGACAGAUAUGCUAAACGGAAGCUAGACUCUGUUACGCAGUCCUUUAUAUGCCCGCCUGAUCCUGAAGCUCAGCAAGCUUUUGCUGCUGCUGCUGCUGCUGCUGCUGCAGCAGCAGCAGCAAAUACAGCAGCAGGCUGCAGCACCAAGUUCGACGCCCUGGAAUACCCGCAGCAACAGCAGCAGCAUCCCCUUCACACCACCAGCAGCAGCAGCAGCAGGAAGGCUGCAGCAUCUCCUUAUUUGCUGCAGAGUUUAUUUGCUCGCUGGGAACGAGGAGAGAUAAGACAGCAUCAAUUAGAGAGUCUGCUUGCAGCAGCAGGGUUUAAUUUAAAUGAAGAGUGGAGGACGUUAUUUUCUAGGAAAGCAGCAGCAGGAAGAUUAAAGUUUUCAGAGUUUGUUUGUUCUUUAACUAACAAACAUAACGAUCAAACGCAUGCAGAUAUUAUUAAUGCUGCUACUAAACAAAUUGCAGAACAAAGAAUUAGCUUUGCUGAGCCUCAAAGAGAUAUUAUUUCCUGGAGGUACCCUGCUGCUGCUGCUGCUGCUGGUGCUGCUGCUGCUGCUGCUGACACAUCCGAAGCAGCAGCAGAAGCAGCAGCAGAAGGAGCAGCAGCAGCAGCAGCAGCAGCAACGGGGGAUGGGGCUGAGAUGGAACGUCGUCAGCAGCUGCUGCGUCUCUGCUCUCUUUUUAUUUCGCAGUCUCUGUCUACAGAAACAUUUAAAAAAUGUCUAAUAGCAGCAAAUAUUCCUAUAUGCACCACCAUCUGUGCAUGCAUUCGGCAGCAAGAAGCAUCAGGGGCCCUCUUGCUGCACCGCCUUGUUGCUGCUGUCUUCCAGGCAGACAAGCAGCAGCAGCAGCAGCAGCUACUCCAGCAACAGCUGCAGCUGCAGCAGAAACAGCUACUGCAGCAGAAGCAGCAGCAGCAACUCAUGUUCCAGUACCGACAGCAGUAG